UAAUAUAAAACCGCACCCCCCAACAGUACUGAAACAUAGUAUUCCAUCUCUUCGGAGAAACCCAUUAUUUAUUUCGCAAGGUAUCAGGUGCGAAAAGUUUUUUGCGGAUCAGGAAGAAAAGAUGAAGAAAUGUGAGCUAUGCAAGAAAGUAGCAAGGAUGUAUUGUGAUUCCGAUCGAGCUAGUUUGUGCUGGGAUUGUGAUUCCAGGGUUCACACCGCUAAUUUUCUUGUGGCUAAACACACGAGAACGCUUCUUUGCCAUGCCUGCCAGUCUCCCACCCCCUGGACGGGCUCCGGUCCAAAGCUUGGGCCGACGGUUUCUGUCUGUGAUGCUUGUGUUAAUAGAAGCGACCGUGGAAUGGAUGGAGAUCGUGGUUCCGGAAGUGGGAAUACAGAAGAUGAUGAUGAUGAUGAAGAUGGUGAGGACCAACAUGAUGAUGAGGAGGAGGAAAAUGGUGAUUGUGUUCAUGAAGAUGAUGAUGAUAGUGAAAAUCAAGUUGUGCCGUUGUCCCUGCCUCCAUCUUCAGCUUCAAGUUCUUCAGGCAGUGAAGAGUCUUCUGGCAGAAGAGAUGGUUUUUCCAGCUCAAGUUUCGGCUUUUCCAAUAUCUCAACAACAGUUCAAAGUGGAAGGACGUGGAAAGGCCAGCACAGAGGAAUGGUACUCAGAAGAUGAGAUCAUGGACGUGGCGAUAGUGAAAAGUGGAAGAAAGAAGAACAGCUUGAAUGGCUGGUGGGCUGAUCAUGUCAUAAACUACAUCUUCUUGACUUCUAAUAAUUAAUACAGCCACCAGUUUGUACUUCCAUUAGUUCCAUGUUAAUGUAUCAUGUUCAUGUUCAUGUUCAAAUUCCAGUCAAUGGCUUAACAAUCCCACCACUGUAAACUUUUCUUACACUGUUUGUCAAUAAGCUUUACCAAAGAACUGAGUUAAGACAAUGGGCACCUACCAAUUUCAAUAGAGCUCUGAUUUUGUCCUCAUAAUCAAAUGGGUAACUGAUAUUGUUGCUCAGUUGUCCCACAAGAUUAGAUGAGGUGUUGACUUAUGUAAGUGGUCUGUAUAGACAGUGGCCAUAAACUGUUAAGAUAUUAUAUUUGCUGAUAUUCAUGUACAUGGAAGUAGGAAUAAAGUACUUGUGACUGGAAAAU